CUCUGGAUAGACCUGGGACACAAGCUGCGAGCGACUGAGAGACGCCCAAAGGCCAAAGCAAUCCCUUCAAAUGGCGACCCUUUCCUUUUCAAUCUCCCAAUACGCUCUCUCUCCUCGCUACUCUCGACGCCGUAUAACGCUCCGCCCUUCUAUCCGACUUGUUAAUUGCUCUGCAGCUUCUGGGGAUGGUGACAGAUUUUGGGGGAGUUCGGAUGGUUUGAAGGAAGUGAGGAAUGUGGCUUGUGGCAUCCUUGCUGCUUGGGCAGUGACCACUGCCUACCCUGUUAUUGCCGCCAAUCAGAGGCUGCCUCCUCUAUCAACAGAGCCCAAUCGAUGUGAGCGUGCAUUUGUUGGUAACACAAUAGGUCAAGCGAAUGGUGUUUAUGACAAGCCAAUUGAUCUCCGCUUUUGUGAUUACACAAAUGAACAAUCAAACCUGAAAGGGAAGUCUCUUGCAGCAGCACUAAUGUCAGAUGCCAAGUUUGAUGGUGCAGAUAUGUCAGAAGUGGUAAUGUCGAAGGCUUAUGCUGUUGGAGCCAGCUUCAAGGGCGUGGACUUCUCAAAUGCUGUUCUGGAUCGAGUUAACUUUGAGAAAGCGAACCUUCAAGGAGCUCUGUUUAAGAACACAGUGCUGUCAGGAUCUACCUUUAACGAAGCUCAGCUGGAGGAUGCUGUGUUUGAUGACACCAUCAUCGGCUACAUUGACCUUCAGAAGCUUUGCAGAAACACUACCAUCAAUGAAGAAGGAAGAGCUACCCUGGGAUGUCGAUAAAUUGGCUCUCAUAUUUAUCCCACUUCUUGUUUUGUAUCAUCUAAAUACUGAAGGCUGUGGGCUGCCUCCCAUUUUAUCGGAUUCUUUGAUGAAGUGAUCAUGGAGAGAAGGCAAAUUGAGAUUGGAGAUUGGUUUUCACAGUUUUUGUAUCAUAUUUUUGUGGGUAUUUUGCUUACUGUUGUAUUUAUUGUCAAUUGCCAUUCUAACAUGGGAGCUUGUUCUUGUAACCUUUUGCUUCUGCUAUAUCUGUACGUGAAUCAAAAGAAAAGUAACAAAACUCUUGCUGAA